AGGUGGGAGGAAGCGGCCUGGGAGCCGCCGCGAGUGGACGUCGCCUGGGCCCGGGAGACGCCUGCAGGCACAGUAUCUGCUCAGCGUGGGUCAGUUGUGUGGGUGCCACUGAAAGCAAACGUCCUUCAAUUUCUGGUGCAGCCCCGUAGGAACCCGUGGCUCUUGGGAGAAUGGUGCGGAUCUUGGCUAACGGAGAAAUUGUUCAGGACGAUGACCCCCGAGUGAGGACCACUGCUGUGCCCAGAAGUGGCGCUCCUCGACAGAGUUUUCUCAACAGGGGCCAUGGUGCCCCCCCGGGGGGUCCUGGCACUCGCCAACAGCAGGCAGGUGCCAGGCUCGGUGCUGCCCAAUCCCCCUUCAGUGACCUCAACCGGCAGCUGGUGAACAUGGGCUUCCCCCAGUGGCAUCUCGGCAACCACGCCGUGGAACCUGUGACUUCCAUCCUGCUUCUCUUCCUGCUCAUGAUGCUGGGUGUCCGUGGCCUCCUGCUGGUGGGCCUUGUCUACCUAGUGUCCCACCUGAGUCAGCGGUGACUUCUGGGGGCUGAUGGGUGUGGGUGUGUGGAGGGGGACUUGCUGGGCUUGGGUGUGAGAGCAGGCACAUUUGGAGGGGAUCCAGUGGUGUCUUGAAGGUGCAAUCAGAGAAGGGACCACAGUGUAUGUUUCCCUCUGUGUUGUGCAUGAGGCAGAGGGAGACUUAGUUCAGCAUUCCCAAAGUUGAGGGUGGAUGCCCUGGUUUCCUUGAGAUGUUUCUGUGUGAUAUAGGGCCUGCAUUAAGUGGCACAAAAUCAGAGCAAGAAAGGAAUUCCCUUUCCAAUUAUCUUUCCAUCCUUUUAUGCCAAGAAGAAAGUCUGAGCGUGGUGCCAAUAUGUCCUGCUGCCUCUGGCAGACUUCCCCUUUGACUAGGGAACAGGACUUGGGCUAGGGGUUGUGGGAAGAGUUUCCAGACUUUUAUAGCACCGUUUUGUUUUAAGGGUAUAUUUUUAUUGGCUACCUAUUGUUUAGGACAAGUGGUACUGGCAUUCUAUUUAUUGUGACUUUUUCAAUAAAUAGACUUAAGUAAAAAAAUGA